AUGAAGCCAAUUGAAGAGUAUGAGAAUGAAGAUUCUCUUGAAAUUAGUCAUAGUGCUACUGUUGAAGCAACCAUUGAGUUGGUUCAAGAUACUGCUAUUAAUGAGGAUCCAAAUGAAAAAAAUGUACAUAAGAGAAAGCCUAGGAGGAAGACUUCUACUGUGUGGAAUCAUUUUGAGCAAGUUGAGGUCUGUGGUGUAAAAAAAAAUCAAUGUAAAUGGUGUAAGAGUAAAUUCACCAUAUCAAAAUCAAGUUGGACAUCAACUUUAGGUAGACACUUGGAGUCGUGUUUGAAGUACGUUGGUUCAAAAAAGAAGCAAAAGGUUUUGUCAAUUGAGGGUAAUGAGUCUGCUGGUGUGGACAUUAUUUCAAAUUUUCAGUUUGAUGAAAGUAAGGUUUCUUAUAUGGUUGUGACAUGUCAUUUUAUAGAUUCUGAAUGGCGGUUAAAUAGGCGUGUAUUGAACUUUUGUAAUAUUCCGCCUCCACACUCUGGACUUCUUAUUGCUGAUGCACUUCAUAAAUGUUUUAGAGAUUGGGGUAUAGAGAGUAAAGUUUGUUCAAUCACUGUAGACAAUGCUAAGGCAAAUGAUGUAGCAUUGAGGCACUUAAGAGAUGUUUUUAAUAUGAGAAAAUCACUUGUAGUUGUGGGCAAGUUGUUUCAUGUGCGUUAUUGUGCACAUAUAACUAAUUUGAUGGUUCAGGAUGGUCUUGGCGAGAUUGGAGUUAUUGUUGAUUGUGUGAGGGACCGAAUAAAAUUCUUGGUAGCAUCAGAGGGAAGAUUAAAGCAAUUUACUGAAACUGCAAAGAACUUGCAUUUGUCAUCUAAGAAGCUAUUUUUGGACGUACCUACUUGUUCGAAUUGUACAUAUUUGAUGUUAUCUGCUGCAUAUGAGUUUAAGGAUGUAUUUUCUAUGUAUGGAUACAACGAUCGUCAAUUUACUUGGGUGCCAUCGCAUGAAGAUUGGGAUAAAGUUAAAUCUGUUUGUGAACUUUUGAGAGUCUUCAACCGAGUAACCAAGAUUGUAUCUGGUAGUGACUAUCCAACAUCAAAUUUAUUCCUUCCUGAAAUUUGGCAAAUGAAAGAGGUUCUAAUUAAGAAAUGUGAUGAUGGAAAUGACUACAUUAUAUCUAUGGCACAUCAAAUGAAAGCCAAGUUUGAUAAAUACUAG